AAGCAAUCUACUAAUUAAUCUCUAUUACAUCUACAUUCGCUCUACAUCAUCCACCCACUCUUCCACUCGCUGCCGCCAUCAACUGAAGCUCCCAUCCACCACAUCUUGACCAGCAGCAACAACAAAACAACCACACCCACUAUCACAAGAACAACAAAAACAAUACCAACACUCUCAAAAAAACCCCAUAACAAUUACCAUGCAUUUCACCACACUCAUCGCCGCCACCGCUGCCCUCGCCUCCACCGCGACAGCAAGGUUCCUUCCCCCCGACGCCAUGGAGAUGCUCAAGCGCACAAUGGUCCCCAACCAUGUCUCCGCCAAGGUCGUCGCCGUCAACGGCUUCGGCAAGGACCAAACCAAGCACACCAUUCUCGUCCCCCUCGGCCGUCUCACACACGUCAGCCGGACGCAAAUCACCGAGCUCAGAGUCGAGGGUGUCGACCACGUCGCUGAGGCGCCCAAGCCUGCCGAAGACAACAUCGUAUGUCAACGAUAUCUCAACCAGUAUGCCUCCAAGAUUGGUAGCGAGCGGUUUACCAACAAGGCGCCUGCUCAUAUCUCUACAAAUCCUGUCGACUUUGGCUGGAUUCUGUGCUAUGUCACCAAUGAGCAGUGGAACUCGGAGUUAUGAGAGGGCUAAAUGACUGGUUUUUGGAGUUGGGAAUAAUUAGACCUACUUUACAUGUCUUCGGGAUGAGUCUUUUGAGCCUUUUGAGCCUUUUAGAAUAGCGAUAUAUGCCUAAUGAACACGCAAGUAAUUACUUUG